AUGGAGCAACUCUCUGUUCUCCAAAUCAAAUUGAGGCGUGACCUUGUACGUGUUGAAUUUGAGCAUCGAAUCCGACUCUUCAUCCUUCCUGCACAGUUGUUAUACAGACGCGAACAAAGCCAAACUGACCCUAGAACAACGACUGCCAAGGCUUCGCUGCAGGAAAAGACGCGCUGCGCCUCGAACUCGAAAGCCUUUACAGAGAUGCAGCGCAAGGAGUCCUCCGAAUAUGCUGCGCCAACAUCCCUGUACAAGGCGUUCAGCCGACCUGAUGACUCCAGGACCCAUAGAAAGUCAUCGUCACCGGCCGUGUCUACUACUGCCUCAAAGCCUACGGAGCCCCGGCCUGCUUGA